AUGCCGGAUUGUGAUGCCGCGUCGCCGUUUUCUCCAACAUGGCGGCCGCCUAGGAUCCGAGCACGUUUGGCCGAGUCGCUCUCCAAGACGCAGGGCUACUCACAAUAUAGCCUGAACCCUCUUCCCCCGGGUUGGGGUCGCCUAGCAUUUGCGGAAGAACACUUGGUUCCAGCGACUACCAGCCUGUGGCCUUCGAUUGUGUCUUUUCGGUCGACCGUGGAAGCCGUGAAGUCUGGCAAAUGCUGGUGGCUAUCAGUUGGCUCUGUCAUGCCGCCCCAUCGGUCGAGUUACGCGGGCAGCGGCCGACGGCGGCGAAGAACUGCCCAGGCCACUAUGCAAAUAGACACAGGCUUUGCUAUUGUCUAUGAAUCCGCGCCAGUGGUACAGCCCGUGCCUUAUCUAAGGCGAUGCAAUUGCGGGGUAUCAAGAGAUAGACAUGCGAUUAUUCCUGGGGUGCCGCCGAAGCCUCGAUCUUUUCUCGACAUGCUGCCCAAGCCCGACUUCCUAAGGGUGGUAGGUCUCUACCACGGGAGUAAUCAUAAUAUUUUCGAGUUAGAGAGCACACUGGAACAGCCACAAUUCUACGGGUGCGUGCGGCUCGUAUAUGUUGCGGAAGGGCGCACAUCCGACGUACAUGCAUACAGCUUCGAGAGCGUGCAGAGUCCUAGCGAGAGCAGACCCCAACAGGCCCGCGACCAGCAUCCCUGA